GGGGUCUCGGGGCUGACACUGCCUCUGACGCUGGCGCGCUGGCCCGGCACAGCGGUCUCGCGGGUGGUGUUGGCUGUAGCUGCGGUUGACAUCAGGAGAGACCAGUCCCUGGAGAAGGACAUCAUGCUAGAAGGUCAUCGAAAAAGAGGAACACCCUCAAUGAGAUGGAUUGACACAGUGGCCACAACAAUGGGCUCAAGCAUAACAACGAUUGUGAGGAUGGCACAGGACCAGGCGGUGUUUGGUUCUGUUGUGCAUAGGGUCACUAUGAGUCUGAACUGACUCAGCAGCACCUAAAGACAAUAGAUAUAGAGGCAUUGUGCUGGGCCCUGAAAUGUAAAAAUGUAGAAAACCUCAUGAACUUAUAGUUUCAAGGAGGAAUAGGACAUGAAACAAUUCUCCCUCCAAGAGCCUGCUCAUAAUGGUUUCUCAGAAACAUUUUUAAAAAUUAUCCGAUCACAGCAUAAUAAAUACUGUAAAGAAUUAGAAGCAUGUGCAGUGGGAGCACAGAGAAGGCAGUGACUGUCUGCACUUAGAGGGGUAGGGAAGGCUGCUUAGAAUAAGUGAACCUUCAGUGAUGAAGUGGAGUUGGUGGAGAUUGAGGAAAGGAGACAUCUUGGCUGAAGGUGGCCUCUUCUGGGAAUGACAGGCAGUUUGGGGCAUGAUGGGGGAGUGGUGGAGCCCUGGUGGCGUAGUGGUAAAGAAUUUGGCUGCUAACGAAAAGAUUGGCAGUUUGAAUCCAACAGCCACUCCUUGGAAACCUUAUAGGGCAGUUCUGCUCUGUCCUAUAGGGUCAUAAUGAGUCGGAAUCGACUCAACAGCAAUGGGUUUGUUUUUUAUUUGGUUUAGGGGAGUGGCAAGAAGCUGGAAGAAGUGUGUUGAGAUCAAAAUAUGUAGAGGCUUAGGUGCGAUUCUGAGAAAAUUAUGAUGGAUUAUAAGGAGACUAAUUGAAUCAGCUAUUUUUUUUUUAGCUGUACUGUGGAGACUAGACUGUAGACUGACAGGGUUUAAGGAUCAUUCAGUUCAUUCAUUAAUAAAACAUUAAUGUGUAUCGUGUCCAGCUACUGUGUUGGAGGCUGGGCAUACAGCUUGGAAUAAAAUAGGCCUGGUUACUGCCCUCAUGGGAGUUUACGGUCUAAAUCAGCAAGUGAGCAGUUAGGCUCCUGCAGUGGUUCUCAAAGUGUAGUCCCCAGUUCAGCAGCAUCAGCCUCUUUGGAGAACUUGUUAGAAAUGCAAAUUCUUGGGCUAUACCACAAACCUACUGAGUCAGAUACUCUGGGGGCAGGGCCCAGCAAUCUGUUUUCACAAGCCCUCCAGGCGAUUCUGAUGCUUACUAAAGCUUGAGAACCACUGGGCUACGGUAACAUAGCAAGCUGUACUGAGGGGCUACCCCAAAGCUGAGGCAGUAGGGGCCAGAAAGGAGUGGGCUGACUUGAGAGGGAUCUUGGAGACAGGCUUCUUUGCUUCAGGACAUGAACAGUUAAGGGUGAAGCUUGGGCCACUGGUCUGAGAUCAGACUGCAGUAAGUGAUGGAGCCAGGUGUGAGCCCACGUGUGCCUUGUCACCAAAGCCUACACUUUUCCACACCUCCCUUCACAUAGGGCUCUGUCUGGCAGAGCCUCCCAACCUUUUUCAGAUCAUAGGCCACACAGGAAAUGGUAAUACUCGUACAGUGCACAGGGAAGAUGGAUGAGGCUGCUUGAGGUAGGAGGUGAGCAGUUGGAGGACUUGAGGCUGCUAAAGGCUGGCGGUAACCACCUGGGGAUUCCAGCUACCCAGAGCUGAGAGGAAUCAGCAACCCAUAGAGCUUUGCUCUAUGGGGUAUGCCUAGAAGUACUCUCUAAAUUUGGCAGUGUAAGUCAAGAACCAUAAAAGAGUUCAUACCCUUUAACUCUUAAUUCCAUUCCUGCAAAUCUCUCCCAAGUAUGUUGUUGUUGUUGUUGUUAGGUGCCGUCAAGUCGGUUCCGACUCAUAGCGACCCUGUGCACGACAGAAUGAAACACUGUCCAGUCCUGCGCCAUCCUUACAAGUAUAUAACCAAAAAAUACCUGAAAAAAGCCUUGUGCUCAUCUUAGGGGAAGGACAAACCAGUCCCUGGCAGACUCACCUCCAGAAGUGAUAGAAAAGUAGAAGAACAUUCAGCCCCAGGGUGAGCCACUCCUGUGCACACAGGAACAUGAUCCAGAAGAGGCUGUGGAUGAAAUAUUCUGGCAGCACCAGCUGAAGAGGGAGUAGAGACACGGGCCUGGGUUAGAGGGAGGAAAAGCCACUCCUGCUUCUACGGCAGCUGACUUCUGCCUGGACCCAGCCUCCAACGUGCUGGUGGCAUGAGCCCUCCCUGCAGCAGCACAGAGUCCCUGCCCCAGGACUGGGAACUGACAAGUUCCCCUCUUUGUAGUACCACCCAGCCAGUUGCCAGCUGAGUUGAUUCCGACUCAUGGCAACCCCAUGCGUGUCAGGGUAGAAUUGUGCUCCAUAGGGGUCUCAAUGCCUGAUUUUUCAGAAGUGGAUACCACGCCUGUCUUCAAAGGUGUCUGGGUGGACUUGAAUCACCAGCCUUCAGUUAGCAGCCGAGCACUUAACCAUUUGCCCUACCCAAGAGUUCAUCUUAGAUUGUGUUUAAGGGGAAGACUGACAGCUCUCCAGUAGUGGGGGGAUUGUUUUUUAUACAGUCACUCAGUGAAAUGUUGUACUGCCAUUAGAAAUAUUUUGUAAAAUCAUGAAGAAAGGAUGUCUAGUAAACUCCUGCUGUGUGCUGAAGAUAACAGUGGUGAGCAAGUCAGAUGUGGUUCUUGCCCGCACAGAGCUGAGUGUCUGGGGGGGAAAUAGGCAGCCAAGUGAGCAAUAACCUGAAAGGGUGAUUGGUGUCUGAUAGGGGAUGGAAGAGUGGGCUGCUGCAGGAGAAGCCAGUCUUUUGGAGUAUGGAGAGGGGUCAGGGAAGGCUUUCUGGGGGACAGGAUGGUAAUCCUAAGGCCUGGAGGGUGAAUAAGGAUGAAUAGAUGUCACUAGGCAAAGGGGAGGGGAGUGUUCUAUGCAGAGGGGACAGUGUUAAGAAUUAGGGUGAUACAGCGGGAACACAAAGCGGGCAGUGCUGAGAGAUGAGGCCAGAGGGGCCCAGCAGCCACCUCACAUGGGGCCAUGUACACCAUGAAGGUCACACAUUUGGAUCUUAUUCUAAGGGCAUUAGGAAGCCAUUGGAGGAUUUUAUGCAAGAAAAACUAUUCCUGGCUGUGUUUUGGAAGCAUCUCCCAUGGCUUCAGUGUGGCAAGCAGAUUGGUGCAGGGCAGGAAUGGAAGUCAGGAGACCCAUGAGGAGGCUGCUACAGUAUGCCAGGCGCGAAUGCUUCCUUGUGCUGUGGUGUAAUGGGAAGACUGCUGACAAGAUGGAGAACGUUGCCCGUCCUGGCCACCUGCAGUCGCCACCUCUCCGGGUACGUUCCCUGCAGGCUUCACCACCGUACCCUAGGGAGAGGGAAGCACUUGGUGCUGUCCCGCAUGUUCCAGCCGCAGAACCUGCGGGAAGACCAGGUGCUGUCCCUGGAAGGCAGAUCUGGGGACCUGACCUGUAAGAGCCAGCGGCUGAUGCUUCAGGUGGGCCUGAUCCACCCGGCGAGCCCCGGCUGUUACCACCUUCUGCCUUACACUGUGCGUGCCCUGGAGAAGCUCGUGCGGGUGAUAGACCAGGAGAUGCAGGCCAUCGGGGGGCAGAAGGUCAACAUGCCCAGCCUGAGCCCAGCAGACCUCUGGCGAGCCACCAAUCGGUGGGACCUGAUGGGCAAGGAGCUUUUAAGACUUAGAGAUAGACAUGGGAAGGAAUACUGCUUAGGACCGACUCAUGAGGAAGCCAUCACAGCUCUGGUUGCCUCCCAGAAGACACUGUCCUACAAGCAGCUUCCUUUCCUGCUAUACCAGGUGACAAGGAAGUUUCGGGAUGAGCCUAGGCCCCGCUUUGGGCUUCUCCGUGGCCGAGAGUUUUACAUGAAGGACAUGUACACCUUCGACUCCUCCACAGAGGCCGCCCAGCAGACCUACAGCCUGGUGUGUGGUGCCUACUGCAGCCUGUUUAGCAGGCUGGGGCUGCCGUUUGUCAAGGUUCAGGCUGACGUGGGCAGCAUUGGGGGCACGAUGUCUCAUGAGUUCCAGUUACCGGUGGAUGUUGGCGAGGACCGGCUUGCAGUCUGUCUCAGCUGCAGCUUCUCAGCCAACAUGGAGACACUAGACUUGUCACAGACGCACUGCCCUGUGUGCCAGGGACCACUGACUGAAACCAAAGGCAUUGAGGUAGGGCACACAUUUUACCUGGGCACCAAGUACUCCUCCAUUUUUAAUGCCCAGUUUACCAAUAUCUAUGGCAAACCAUCGCUGGCCGAAAUGGGGUGCUAUGGCUUGGGUGUGACGCGGAUCUUGGCUGCUGCCAUUGAAGUACUUUCUACAGAGGACUGUAUUCGCUGGCCUGGCCUCCUGGCCCCUUACCAAGUCUGCCUCAUCCCCCCUAAGAGGGGCAGCAAGGAGGAGGCGGCCACGGAGCUCAUGGGGAGCCUGCACGACCAUAUCGCCGAGGCACUGCCACAGCUUCACGGCGAGGUCCUGCUGGAUGACAGGACUCAUCUGACCAUUGGAAACAGACUGAAAGACGCCAACAAGCUUGGCUACCCCUUUGUGAUAAUUGCUGGCAAGAGGGCUCUGGAGGACCCUUCACAUCUUGAAGUUUGGUGCCAGAACACUGGUGAGGUGGUCUUUCUUACCAAAGAGGGGGUUGUGGAAUUACUGAGCACAGUGCAGGUUGCCUAAAUGCCCCUAUUUUUGGCUGGGUUCUCUAGAGAAGCAAAACCACUGAAGCGUCUGUAUAGAGAGAGAGAGAGAUUUUAUCAAGGAAAUGGCUCACGUGGUUCUAGAGGCUGAAAGUCCCAAGUCCGUGGACCAGGCUGGAAGCUUCUCCAAGCUCACAAAGCUGCAGGGACUGGCAAACCCAAGAUCAGCAGGUCAGACAGCAGGCCCUGGCUCCCAGGCUGCGGAGGCCAAUGAAUCCCAAGAUCAGCAGGUAAGACAGCAAGCCGCUGGCUUACAGACUGUGGAGGCUGACAAAUCCCAAGAUUGGCGAGUAAGCUGGCAGGCUGCUGGCUUACAGACUGCUGAGGCUGAUGAAUCCCAAGAUCGGCAGGUAAGCUGCUAGCUCAAGUCCCAAGAACUGGAGGUCAGAUGAACAGGAGCGAGCUACAGGAUCCAGAGCGAGCAAAAGCCCACAAGCCUUGCCAGAAAGUCCACCUAUAUUGGAUGCAGGCCACACCCCCAAGGAAACUCCCUUUUAACUGAUUGGCUACUCACAGCCUUAUGGAGGUGAUGAUAUUAUAUCAGAUCUCAUGGAGGUGCCAAGCUAUAUCAUAACUGCCAAACCAGUGAGAGUCAUGACCCAACCAAGUUGUCCACAGCCCUACCCCUGCCCCCAUCCUGCAUCCUUGGUGUUCACUCUGAGGCCGCAUUUUCCUAGGGUCUCUGGGCUGGCCUCUCCAGAAACAGGGCAGCUCCUGAAAGAUGAUGCUGUGUUUCCAGUACCUAUUGCUGUUGAGUCCACUCUGACUCAUAGUGACCCCGUGUGUGUCAGAGUAAAACUGCUGCACAGAGUUAUCAGUGGCUGAUUUUUGGGAAGUAGAUUGCCAGCUUUUCUUCUGAGGCACUUCUAGGUAGACUCAAACCACCAACCUUUCAGUUAAUAGCUGAAUAUUUAACUGCACCACCCAGGAACUCCUCAAGACUGUGUUAGGGAAACCAGUUUUUAUCUCAGUCAUUUGUUCACACUGUUUGUAUUUUAAGUUAUUAACGUGAUCUGUUUGUCUGGAUUGGCCAAGCCACCACAUACCAUUCCUCUUAUAUGCUACUGGCGGAAGCUUCUGUUAGGAGGCAAACAAGAAGGAAACCCGGGUUCCAGUUUUGUCCCUGGGAUGAGCCGCUGUCCUCAGCUGAGUUUCCCUCCCGGUUCUGCCAUCUGUGACCACAGGCCUCUUGCUGCUAGGCCCAGAGGGCAGGCCCUUCAGCCCUCCCACACUGAGCAGUGGGCUGAGUGUGUGGGCAAAAGAAUCAGGAGAUCUGACCCUGCCACCAAAUCACUGGUGACUUGGGCAUGUCCCUUUCUCUUCGGGGGCCUCUGUUUCUCAUCUGUAACAUGAGAAAAUGGUAUUAGAUUUGUCAAGUCCCAACAGCUGUCCCAGGGUGGUUCCAUGACAGGUCCGUGACAGGUAGAGCUGGUUUCCCUGACCCUCCACAGUCUAAGCUAACUGGCAAGUUGAUAUAGUUAGCUGAUGGCUCAAGCCAAAAACUGCUCCAGAGACCUGGCCCUAUUGAGGCAGCUUAAGCUCUCCAGAUCAUGUUGUAUUGAUUGAAUAAAGUCAAACUGUUGAAAUGCG